CACUAAACAUCUGAAGCCAAACCCUCAUGUCAAUCAGAAACACCUGUCACAUGAUCACUGAUAGCACACAUCUCAGCAGUCAGGAGCUACAUCAGGAAUAACUUUAGCAAGUCCUCAGACUACAGUGUUAGUAGGUCCCACAUGAUGUUGGAGUGCUCAGACUCGAGCCGUAAUCCAAUUCAAUCGGAUUUUCCAUACUCAUUUUCUGAGGACGGUCAACUGCGGCACAAAGUCACCUGUGAACCCUACAGGUUCACCUUCAGACUUGAUGACGUCCGUGGAACCGAACGGGAACAUCACAGCCUCUGUCACUACAUCACUCAGCACGUGUACGACCUCUUAGAGAGGAACUUUCACCUUAUUAGGGUGCAUCUCGAGGAGGACGGUUUUGUAUUCAUGAGUCCAGGAGCGCUGUAUCAACCUGGGAGUCUUCUAGUUCUGAUUCAGGACUGGGGAACAGUGCGGAGCGGCGUGUGGAGCUGGAAGCUUUCUGCUCACGAGGGACUGGAGCGAGGCAGUCAGAUCCCGUAUCUUCGCUGGGCUGCACUGGAGUCAUGUGCCGUUAUCAUAAUGAACCCUAACGAGGGUGGGAAAACUCUAGAACAUCACGUUCAUCUGGUCUGGGAACGCUUAGUUUCCCGGAGCUCCGCUGAGCACAUUUUUGUGGUCGCUCACGGCUAUGGAGGCUUGGCUUUUGUGGAUCUACUUUGCUAUCAGCUUGAAGAGGUUCAGCGUCGUGUGAAGGCUGUGGCUUUCUUGGAUUCGUCUCACAACCUGUGGCAUCAGCCGUUGGGAAAGGCUGGACGCGACUGGCUGAAAUCCCACUCCAGAACUUGGAUUCUCAGCACCAAACCCCUGAAUCGCUCCGUCGGGUCUCUGAAGGCCGGUUGCCCGCAGAUUUCCGCAGGUACUCGGUGCCACGACUCUGCGCCUACCAUCUGCAUGGAGUCUGUUUUUCGCUUCUUCAGCAAGACCAUCAAGCCUAAAGCCACGCCAACUCCAUUUGAAAUCAUCACCAGGAGCAAGAGCCGUGCAAAGGACCAAAACAACAACUCAAUAUGAUCACACAAAUGGACUGACCUGAAGGGUCUCUGAAAUAAAUAAAAGACUUUGCAUCAAAA